GAGUAAUUAUCUGGGAACUUUCGUCCAUAUAUGAAAUCGAAUUGGUAUGCCAAUUACUUCCGUAUCUUGCGUCCUAUGCGGCGCCCCAGUGGAAGAUAUAUUUCAUUCCGUUAUCUGGUUGCAAAAGUUUCGCGUCGUAUAUACCAUAUUGCAAAACUGGAAUGAGGCCCGUCUCUCAGGGAUUGGACAACGACGACAGUUCGAGGAUGUUAUCCCUCUAGACGAUUCUGUCGAUGCGGAUCUCCCUGGUAUCAACUAUGAAGAAUCUGAAAUUGGGAUACGUCUCAUGGUUACAAAAUUUGGUGGCAAAUAUCCACCAAAUCCUCCUCUAGUACCGCAACCUGCAUGGGGAUUUCCUUUUCACUCCUCCUGCUUGGAAAUUCUAUCUGUCGCUUGUCCUAUCUAUGGGAGUUGCCUUGAUCUCCAGGUCAUUUUUGAUCUUUGUAGGUCGCAGCCAUAUAAACACGGUCCCCUCGACUGGGGCCAUGACUAUGAAGGCCUUAUUGGUCCUCCUAGGGAUAUUGACUUAUUCUGUCCUGGCGAGGAACCUGACCUAGCCCUGGCUAACCUUAAGACGGACAUAUACACACAUGAUCCACUGGACGUUCCCGAACUCCGCCGUCUAUUCACCGAUAGCAUUGAUUUCUAUGUUCAGAAUGACGCGAGUGCCACUUACGAGAUGCCUACUAUUUAUUCUACCGGAGGCGAUCCUCUAACUAAGCUACCAACCGAAAUCUUACAAAUGAUUCUUACUUGGAUGGACUCGAGAGACGUAGCUAAUCUCAGGUUAGUCUCACCGGUAUAUGCAUCUCUUGUCUUACCAGAUAGAUUCUGGUUUUCCCGUUUCUGGGAUGGAAGAGAAUUUGAAUACGUAUUCGAGGCAAAUGUGACUCACUCAGCUGGCAGAAACUGGCGACAACUCUUCCAAAAAACAAAAUUGUUAGCUAGCCUACCAAGUAUGGCGAAUAGGAAACGGGUUUGGUCCUUAGCUCAUCACCUCUGUGACCUCAUUAAUUGUAGGCGAAGCUAUAACUCAUGCAAUGGCGAGAAAAUUCGUACAUUAUUCGAACCUAACGGCGCACCUAACAGUGAUCACUGGGUCACAGCAGGACCUACCCUCUACGCCCCGACUGAGCAAUACAGGGCUGGGGCCAGGUCGCUGUAUGAGAGAAAGAUCGCUCUGGGAAGUACCUGGAAAAAUAUCUACGUGUCGACUGUCAAAAUUAAGAACAGAAGAUACGUUUCCGGGAUUCGAAUUGUCUACAAUAACGAACAGAGCACUCUCUUCGGGUACUGUAAUACUGAUGAUGGGGCCAAUGUUACUUGGGGGGAAUACCAACAGCUGAUAACAUUGAUUGGGUUUCACAUCGCCUUCGAUAGCAAAGGAAUUCGGGGCAUUCGAAUAUUAUCUAGUGUAGGAGAGCUCUCGGAGUGGAUGGGGGAUUGGUAUGACCUCUCUCAGAGGGUACUUGUUCUGCCUACCCACUUGCCGCCCCAAUGUCUCAAAGGAGGAUUCGAUGCCUUGAAAUUAGUCUCACUGUCUAUUUCGAAUGGCAAGGAUACAUCACCUGCCUCCCCCUCCCCCCUCCAUCAUCAACAUUCGAACUUACAAGAGACUGCUAUAUGGCAUGGCGAAAUCCCCCAUAAGGAAUUAUCAUUCCUCGGCCCUCACAAUACACUUCUCAAGGACUACAGAGACAGUUUACCUUUUUCCCUUCUACUUUUUGGAGGAGUAGAUGGAACACAGCUCCCUCACCUAACUAGGAUAACAGUCUGGGUUGUCGACAACACAGAACUUGGUAUGUACGCCGACCGCACUCAUAUUUGGGGUCUUGAAUUCUCUUUUAGCCGUCCUGUUGAUGGCAAAGCCUCCAUCUUACUUGGUCAAAUCCCCGAUGAGGGGUUAUUCAACUCGGAGAUUUAUCACAUGGAUCUUGAGUCGGGUCUUGGUGAACGCAUUACAGGCUUGGAAGCUUUUUAUGAGGACCCCACUUUCAUAUUUGGCCUGAAGUUCUAUACUAACCGCGGCCGCGCUAUUGAAUUCCCUCCUUCUUGCACCGACCAGCUGCCUAGGGACGAAUAUUUCUCUGACAUACUUAAGCCAGAGGAUGGGAUUAUUGUUGGCAUAUAUGCCGUAUUGAAACACAAUGAUGUCUUUAGGUCCAUAGGGGUGGCAUACAUCCCUUCUAAUUAAUAUAUACCUAUCUAUAAGGUUUGUGUUCAGGGUAUUGGUGAAGCUUGGUUGAUGAGACAGGGUAAAUAUCAUCUUACUCUACCUUUUCUAGAACCCCUUAAAUAGGUUCCUACAGGCUCAAGCAUCGUGAGGCUAGGCGAUAUACUUGGGGUAUCUACGGAGGAAAAAAUAGAUGAACUAUCUAUGGGCAUAAAUAUUGACGAGUACCGG